AUGAACAACAAAGCAGAUAUAAAUAAUCUAUUUAAAAGUUUAUUACAUAGUAGUUAUAUUAGAACAAAGAUAUUCAAUCAUGUAGAGAUUAUUCAUCAGCGUAUCAUUAGUAGUGACUUAUUAGUACUAAAAUCAAAUCAGAUAGUUUCAUUAUGUGAAUGUAUCAAAGUAAAUAGAAGCGAUCUAUUCAUCAAACACUUUGAUAGUGUAUAUCAAUCAAUGUUGUCAUACUCUAAUGAAAAGGAGUUUAGUUUUAAUAAUAAAACAUUCAAACAGAUAUUAAAUACUAUAUUUCAAUAUGAUGGACAUGUUGAAUUAGAUUAUUUGUUGCAAAGGUUUGGAAGAAUCAAAAUGACAGUCCUUAGAGAUGGUUUUAUCAAACCACCUAUCAAUGUAUUUAGACUACUCAUUCAGCACAAUUAUCAUUUACCUGAAAAGAAUGAUAAUGAAACUGAUCAUGCGAUAUUUGUUGACGUUCUGACAAGACUGGCAGUCUUUAACGGUGAAUUGGAGAUGUUUGAUAGAAUUUUUAAUGAUUAUUUUGAUCAUAACAGUGACAAAUUUAGUUUUUAUGUCGACAAGCGAUCAUUCAAAGGUUUAAUCAACAAAUUAAAUAAUCAACAACAUACAACAAAUAACAACAACAAUAAUAAUAAUAAUGGUGAUAAUAAUAAUCAAUCAAAGUAUUAUGUAAUAUUUUAUAUGGUCAAGAAACUAUUAAGUUUUGGUGUAGAUCUAAGAUCACUAUUAUUUAUUGAUGCAUUGGAAUGUGAUAAUAAUCAAGAGAUUAUUAAAUGGAUCAGAGAUAGUUUUGAUUCAAAAGAACAAGGUAAUGGGACAGUAGAAGAUUUUAACCAACUAUUUCAACACUAUCUUUUAUUUCCAAUUGAAAAAUAUGCAACAACCAAUACACUUAAGUUAAUAGAAUUCAACCAACUAGUAUCAUCAUCGAAUCGAUUGUCAACGAGAGCAGCUCAAUUUGGAAACUUGGAUUUUCUAUCAUACAUGUAUGACAUGAAACAAUACCAAUAUCUAUUUGAAAAAACACAACUUCAUGAUUCACUGUCAGGUCCACAUUUGGAAUGCGCCAACUUUUUAAUGACAAUAGCAGUCAAAGAAGGUUAUACAAAAUUACAAUGUUGGUCUAUUGAUCCAUCAAUCAUGUCAUUGGAUCUUGUCAAACGAUUGGUCGAAAUUCAAUGCCAGAUGAUGAGUUUUAGUGGAUUGAUUGAAUCAGCGAUCAAAUCAAAUCAACCUGAAACUUUAGAGUUUAUCUUGUCACUGUUGAAAGAUGAAAAUAUGGAGUUUUUUGACAGCGACGAAAAGUUUGUUAUCAUGUCGCUUGCAUUGGAUGACCCAGUCAUCACUGAAAUGUUGUUGGACAGGUUCUUCUCUUCCGAGGAUCGACCACCCAAAACAUUUACAGUUGAAUACAUUGACAAAAAAAUAUGUUAUGCUCCACUAUUAUCACUUUUCAACAAAGGUCAUUCUAUCGAAUUUAAUCCAUUGGAAUAUUAUACUUCUAAUCCAUCAAUAGUAUCACAAAAAGUGGUUCAAUUAUGUCUUGAACAUCUAUCGAUUGAAAGAGUACCACCAUGGGUGAUACUUGUAUCUGUCAAUCAUCCAGAUUUUAAUGACCAAGGUGACUACAAGUUGUUGAAAGAUACACUAUCACUCAUCAACCAAUACCCCGAAGAAGAUAUGCAAGAAUUACAACACGAUGUAUUGAAUGAAGCAUGUAGAAUGGGGUUGGUUAAAGUGGUUGAAUGUUUUGGAGACUGGGCUUGGAAAUUUGGAGACUCACUUUUUAGAACGGCAAUGGAAUACAAACAAACUCAAAUGGCACUAUUCUUGGGACAAGCAAUCACCACUCAUUUCAAAGAAAUGGAUACCAACCGACUAGAAUUGAUUUUGAAUUAUUUUUACUUUAUCGAUGAUGAUCAAGACUUUGAAAUGAUUUGGGAUGUAUUACAACCUCUCACGAGUAACUCUUCAUAUGUCUCAAGAGCUAUCACAUACUCACGCUUUAAAUUUUCAAAAAGAUCCUCAAAGACCAAAACAAUAGAUAGAUUCAUCAAACAUUAUACUCGAUAUUAUAAUAGUCCAGAGAAAGAUCAAUUCAAAAUGACACCAAUUAGAAUUACCAACAGAGAUCAAUCAUUUGAUCCAUUUAAUAUCCAUCAUCUAUACACCAAUUACAGAGAUUGUCCAGUCAUUGACUUCUCUGAUUUCAAUGUAGACAAAUAUUACAUUCAAAACAAUGAACUAGGUGUCAUCCCAUUCAACAAAUAA